CCACCACCAGCAGCACCACAAUCACCACCACCAGCUCUCCUCCUCCCCCCCUCGCUUCUCUCCCCCUCCCUUCAACGCUACCCCAUCGGUGGUGACCAUGGCGACAGCUGCCACCGCCUCCUCUUCCUCACCGUCGACCUCGUCGUCAGGCAACAGCAGCGCCCGAGAGCACCUGCUGGCGGUACGACGGCGCACCCCUCACGCCCGGCCGUACACCAUCGGGCCAGAUAACCUGCGCAGCCUGUCGGUGCAGGGUGAGGUUGGUGGGUCGCCCUCUGCCUCGUCUUCUUCAUCGGGAGUCCAGCCGGAAGCGGCAGCAGCAAUGGGGCUCCAGAGGGCCAAUAGCGACACAGAUCUGGUGACGUCAGACAGCCGCUCGUCACUCACAGCGUCCACGUACCAGCUGACUCUAGGACACAGCCACCUGGUCAUCUCCUGGGACAUCAAAGAGGAAGUGGACGCCACCGACUGGAUCGGCCUGUACCACAUCGAUGAGACGUGUGUGGCUAACGUGUGGGACUCUAAGAACCGUGGCGUGAACGGCACCCAGAGAGGACAGAUCGUGUGGAGACUGGAGACAGAACCCAACUUCAUGGAGCCGGAGACUAAGAUCUGCUUUAAAUACUAUCACGGUGUAAGUGGAGCAUUAAGAGCAACGACACCUUGUAUCACCGUCAAGAACCCUGGAGUACUGGUGGGCAGUGAAGGCCAAGUGGAGGACCAAUCAGGCACUGAGCACUGUCGGAAACUAGUCAGCUUCACUCUAUCAGGCAUCCAGGCCUCAGGCCUGAAGAAGGGCAUGUUCUUUAACCCGGACCCCUACCUGAAGAUGUCCAUCCAGCCUGGAAAAAGGAGCGGCCUCCCCAAAUUCACCCACCACGGCCAGGAAAGACGAUCCUCCAUCAUCUCCAACACCACCAACCCUGUGUGGCACGGCGAGAAAUACACGUUUGUGGCUCUGAUGAGUGACAUGCUGGAGAUCGAGGUGAAAGAUAAGUUCGCCAAGAGCCGACCAAUCAUCAAGCGCUUUCUGGGUCAGCUGAUCAUCCCCGUGCAGAGACUUCUGGAGGGGCCAACAGCUGACGAUCAGCCAAUCAGCUACAGCCUAUGUCGUCGCCUCCCUACGGAUCAUGUGAGUGGACAGCUGCUGUUCAGAGUGGACAUCACCUCCACCGGACAUGAAGAAGCAUCUCCAGAUACAGGUGGAACCAUUUUGGGAGGCGCUUUGAACGGUGACCCUGGCAGUCCCUCUGAUGAUGAAGACCUCCCUCACCCCUCCUCAUCCUCACGUGUCACAUGCGGCCCCUCACCCACAGGCUCUGACGAGGGCUCCCUGUUAGUCAACGGGGCUUGUUACUACGGCGAUGACAGCGUGUGGCGGGAGCCUGGGCAAGCUGGAGAAGAGUAUCUGGCUCCUCCGGCUGUGGGCGGCCACACACACCGGCAGGUCUCACUCAAUGACUACCUGGAUGCCAUCGAGGCUCCCAGGAGCCCCGGGGACAGACCUCUGGUGGGGCCUUCGCCAAAACUGCGCUCCAGCUUUCCAACAGACACUCGGCUCAACGCCAUGCUGCACAUAGACUCAGAUGAAGAUGAGGAGACGGCAGGACAGCACAGGGACCAAUCACAGGAGGCGAAGACUCAUCAGACCUCAGACUCAUCGAGAGGAUCGGCCACAUCUGAGUCUCAGCAAGGGAACCAGGGUUCUAAUGGGGAGCCACACAGGGCCACUGGAGCUGGAGCCACAGUAGAGGCCGGUUCCCCUGCUGGAGCUGAGCCUGGUGAAGCUGGAGGGGGAGCUGGAGCUUCAGAGAGUACAGCAGGAAUCCAAACACAGACAGGAACAUCAACUUCUGCUGACUCAGCGGCAGUGAGCGUAGAGGCUGCCGGAGCGUCUGCUGAGGCUGCACACGUCAGUGGAGAAGCCUCCACAGCUUCCAGCUCAGGUCAGGCAUUGGGGGCCGAGGCAGCUGCAGCAGCAGGUCCGGGGGAGUCUGUGGGGGAAUGUACCUGCCAGCCACAGAGCAGCUGGAUGGGUGCAAACCAGGAAGUAUCCUGUGGUCCCUCACUUAGUAGUGGCCCACUGUCACCCAUUCAGGAGGUGGAGACGAGAAAAGAAGUGGCACCAAAGGCGGAGGAGGAAGGAGCAGAGUCAUCGAGCAGUGAGGCAAACGGCCCGGUGACAGCGGAUGCUCCGACCAGCAGCAACAUAGCAGAUCAAGGAGGAGGGACGUCUGAAGCUGGUGCGACAGCCAGCGGGGGGGAUGGUCCUGAGGAGCAGGAGGGGGAGGUGUGGAGGAGGAGGCGAUCCAUGCAGGCCUCUGGAGGAGGCACGGUCCAGAACCACGAGGUGUGCGGGUCCAGAGAGAGUGCGAGCGGGAUCGUGGUGGAGAGGGAGGCAGGUGCCACAGCUCAGGUCAAUGGCCACCAGUCUGUUCGCUCCCUGCCAUCUGUCCGCCAUGACAUCAGUCGUUACCAGAGAGUGGAUGAGCCGCUACCUCCUAAUUGGGAGGCUCGAAUCGACAGCCACGGUCGGAUCUUUUACGUGGACCACGUGAACAGAACCACAACCUGGCAACGGCCCACCGCUCCCCCCGCCCCGCAGACCCUCCAGAGAUCCAACUCCAUACAGCAGAUGGAGCAGCUGAACCGCAGGUAUCAGAGCAUACGUCGGACGAUAACUAGUGACAGCAGACCAGAGGAGCAGCCAGCCAAUGAGCUGCCGACAGAUGAGACUGACAUGCACCCAUCCAUCCCAGAGCUGCGUAGAGACAACAACGUGGCUCAGUCCGGCUCCAGGUCUCGCCUCAGCCUCCUGCUUCAGUCUCCCAGCGCCAGGUUCCUCACCAGCCCAGACUUCUUCACUGUGCUACAUUCCAACCCUAGUGCCUACCGAAUGUUCACCACCAACACGUGUCUGAAGCAUAUGAUCAGUAAGGUUCGUCGGGAUGCUCACCACUUCGAGCGCUACCAGCACAACAGGGACUUGGUGGCCUUCCUCAACAUGUUCUCCAAUAAGCAGCUGGAGCUGCCAAGAGGCUGGGAGAUGAAACACGACCACACCGGCAAGCCUUUCUUUGUGGACCACAACUGCCGAGCCACAACCUUCAUCGACCCCCGGCUGCCUCUCCAGAGCGCUCGGCCCCCAAGCAUCCUGGCCCACCGCCAACACCUGACGCGCCAACGCAGUCACAGUGCCGGAGAGGUCAGCCCCCGACGACUGGUGGGUGAAGACCCUCGUCACACCGGCCCACCCGUCCUGCCGCGGCCUUCCAGCACCUUCACCUCUGCCAGCAGGGGGCAGUGCCAAGAUGUUGUGCCAGUGGCUUACAAUGACAAGAUCGUGGCGUUUCUACGACAACCAAACAUCUAUGAGAUUUUGCAGGAGAGACAGGCAGACUUUAACCGGAACCAUUCACUCAGGGAGAAGGUGCAGCUGAUCCGCACAGAUGGAGUGUCGGGAUUGGCCAGGCUGUCGGGAGAUGCUGACCUUGUCAUGCUGCUAAGUCUGUUUGAAGAUGAAGUAAUGUCAUACGUGCCUCCUCACGCCUUACUUCACCCCAGCUACUGCCAGUCACCUCGGGGAUCCCCUGUCUCCUCCCCGCAGAACUCACCAGGUACUCAGAGAGCUAAUGCCAGAGCUCCAGCACCCUACAAGAGAGACUUUGAGGCCAAACUGCGCAACUUCUACAGAAAGCUGGAAACUAAAGGCUACGGACAAGGACCAGGAAAGCUAAAAUUGAUCAUCCGUCGUGACCAUCUGCUAGAAGAUGCCUUCAACCAGAUCAUGUGCUAUUCCCGUAAAGAUCUGCAGCGCAGCAAGCUCUACGUCAGCUUUGUCGGGGAGGAGGGGUUGGACUACAGCGGCCCUUCCAGAGAGUUCUUCUUCUUGGUCUCCAGAGAGCUGUUCAAUCCUUAUUAUGGUCUGUUUGAAUACUCUGCCAACGAUACCUACACUGUCCAGAUCAGCCCCAUGUCCGCCUUCGUAGACAAUCAUCAUGAAUGGUUCCGGUUCAGUGGUCGUAUUCUAGGCCUGGCUCUGAUCCAUCAGUACCUGCUGGACGCCUUUUUCACCAGGCCCUUCUAUAAAGGCUUGCUGCGCAUUCCAUGUGACCUGAGUGACCUGGAGUAUUUAGAUGAGGAGUUUCACCAGUCCCUACAGUGGAUGAAGGACAACGACAUAGAAGACAUGCUGGACCUCACCUUCACCGUCAAUGAGGAGGUCUUUGGACAGAUAACAGAAAGAGAGCUGAAGCCUGGUGGAGCCAACAUCCCUGUGUCAGAGAAGAACAAGAAGGAAUACAUAGAGCGGAUGGUGAAGUGGAGGAUAGAGAGAGGAGUGGUGCAGCAGACUGAAAGCCUGGUCAGAGGCUUCUAUGAGGUGGUGGAUGCCAGGCUGGUGUCGGUGUUUGAUGCCAGGGAGCUGGAGCUGGUGAUCGCUGGCACUGCAGAGAUCGAUUUAUCAGACUGGAGGAACAACACAGAAUACAGAGGAGGUUACCAUGACAACCAUAUAGUUAUCCGGUGGUUCUGGGCAGCUGUGGAGAGGUUCAACAAUGAACAGAGGCUUCGGCUCCUGCAGUUUGUGACGGGGACAUCCAGUAUUCCUUACGAGGGCUUUGCUUCUCUUCGAGGCAGCAAUGGACCUCGCAGGUUCUGUGUGGAGAAGUGGGGGAAAGUCACUGCGCUGCCCAGAGCUCACACCUGUUUCAACCGGCUGGACCUGCCACCAUACCCAUCUUUCUCUAUGCUGUAUGAGAAGAUGCUGACUGCUGUGGAGGAGACCAGCACCUUUGGGCUAGAAUGAAACCCUCCAGUCUUUCCCUAGGCUACCCUCAAGGACUAGCAGUAUCUCUGUGAAGAAAGGCAGCCAUGAUCAAAGCUGGAGGAUGAUCAAACACUUGGAUUAAAAGUCUAACUUGUGAUCUUGUAUUUAAAUUAUAAUGAGCUCUAUUUUAUAUCGGAGGCUUCUAAAACCUUGGAAACAGGAAGCUGCACUCUGACAUUUUAAUAUGUCCCAUGUAUAGUGGUAAAGUACUUUUUUUGUUGCACAUGCACAUAUUUCGCACAAACUUAGUAAUACACACUUUCACCUGUGAGAUGUGACGAAUUUAGACCCACACUGCCUUCCGGACCAGGAUCAAAAGGGCCUGGAUUUAACCCAUCAGAGACCAGGGUGUUAGGGAAAGAAGAAGCAACCACUGCCUUCACUGAAAAUCUAAGUGGAUUAAGCCUUUUUUUAAUCUAGUUCAGAUGGACUUUGAAGGAUUUUAAGUCCAGAAUGUACUACUCACUGUAGUACAGUGUCUCUUUGUGGCCUGUUGUUGUAACUGCACCUGUGUAGAUGGUGCAUUUCUCUCUCAAAGCCUUUCCAGGACCACCUGAAGUAAACUUUUUGGUCAAGUUUGUCAUAUUUUCCACUGAACUUUGCCUGCGGCUGAUUUUGUGAGUCCGGACAGUAGCUUUGGUAUUGUUGCUAUAAGUAUUUUCAUCUACAAGAACAAAAAAAGUGCUUUUCUAAUGACGUGGUGGUGACAUGUUGUGAUUUGAAUGUACGUAAGUUUAUAAUGUAGAUUGUGUGGGAAGGAAUUUUUCUAUCAGAUCUGGCUCUAUUGGCAAAAAACAAUUUGGCCACCGCUUACUUUGAGUUAAUGUGUAGAUGAAUUACAUGCAACCAUAUCAGUUACUUUGAUUGUAUUGAAAACUAGCUUUUAUUCAGGUCUAAGUUUGUUGAAACUAUUCUACUCUGAAGAGCUGUCAACUGAAAGGAAAUUGUGAAUCCAAAUAUACAAAAUCCAUAAAAUAUCCACCCAGUAGUGGUGGAUCCAGAAAAAUGUACAUGGGGUGGCAGGAGGUGUUGGCAGGGUAUACAUGACAAUUGCAGGUACAUUUCCAAAGCAGAGAGAGAAAAGGGGCCAACACCUCUAACUUCCAGUCUUUCUUACCUCUCACUCUGCUGGCCUUCUUCUCAUUGGUCCCCCUCUUUUUCCAUUUCCUGUCAGGUGGCCAAUCCAGCUACUCUGAUCAGGAGGUCACAGGUGGUUCAGGGUGCAGACUGUAAGAAUUUAAGUUGCUAUAAUCAAUGUUUUUAUAAAAGAUCAAAUGACAACACCAACUCAAAGCUCUAAAAACAAAAGAAAGAAAGAUAUUGACCACCACCUAUGAUUGCUGGAUGUGUAAGUAAAUUCUGCUAAAUUUGCCAGCUUGUUUCUGCUGCCCCCAAAUGGUCAAAAAAUGGUAUUGCAGCAGCUUAUUAAAACACUUAAAUUAUGUUCAUCCAACUCUUUGGUAUUAAUUAGGAUUAGAGAUGGUAUUCAAUAGCAUAUUAUUGGAUUAAAAUCCAGUGUCAAAUCCCUUAUUGAAUGUUAUUCUGUUUACCUUUCAACAAAUCUAAUUAGUGAAAGUCCCUCCUCUGAAUUGGGACUAGCGAACAAUGUAACUUUUGGCUAAUGGCAUGAUUAUGCACACGCUCUGAUUAUUGAGCAUCAUCAAUAACGUUCUGUUUCUUGCUUGUAUCAGUACCCCUACCACCCCAGCCACACACACACCCAGAUCACAGCUGAAAUAACACCAAGCUCAAUGCAGCUAUUGCUGUCAAACAACACAAAACUGGACAUCUGAUUCUCAGCUGCCAUUUUAAAGACCAAUUCUUCAUGAAAUUGUGGAAAAGGACCUAAUCAUCCUGAGACAUCCAGUAAUACCAACUGGCAUUGAAAUGCCUUCUCAGCAUAUUCGCUGUUCCUCAUUAGAAUACAUUUUCUUAUCUUGUUAUUCACAAUAGAAUAGAUUUUUCAAAAAGAAAGCGCCAAAUGAUUGAGCAUGUUCUCUUCUUUAUUUACACUUGUGUUGUUGUACAACUUGUGUAUUUGUAUGGCUGAAGUUCACACACACACACACUGUAUAAACAGUAAAGUCUUUUUCUGACAUGAAGAGUUGAGCUGAAGAGUUCAACUCUGACACCAUUUAAUAGUCCUAGAUUUGCACUUGUCAUAAUUUAAAUAUUGCAUUAAUGAAUUGUAUCAACUUCUUAUUAAUGUUUCUGUUAAUUUAAGUCAGGUUGUCUAGUGGAGUUCAUGAGGUGCUUUCAGACCAGAGUCACUUUUUCAUAGUUCUUAGAAUGCCAUUUUUAGGGACUUUUUUAGCUCCUACUUCAUGGUGAGUAGGUACUCUUGGAGCACGAGAGGAACUCUGAGUGACAUAAGGGUACAGUGAUUGGUCAAAUACAUGAGCCAAUAGAGAACUGGCAACCAUCCUUCUUAAUAUUUUUAACACUAGCCUUUUUUCAUAUAUUCCUUUUAUUGAGAAAUCGAACAGUGACAACUUGAAUCCUUGAAUGGUCCAUUUAUAGCCUGGAUUUAUAAUACGACCGUACACUAAGUUAUGUCUUGCUACACUGACUAAAUCAGACAUAUCUAAAAGCCUGUUAUUAUUAGCAUGAAUGUUCAGCUUCCUACAAUUCAUCAUAUAGAUGUUUAUACAUACAUAAUACAAUUCAGAAAGGUAAACCUCACAGAACAUUUAAAGUUUUUCAAACUUUACAUUUUUAUUUAACAAGCAGACUAUCAUCCAAACUUUGUGUAUACUCUUAAUAUUAGCCUUUUUCUCUAAAUACUAGAACCAUGACACACAGCUUCCAUCACAGUGUCCUCGUUAUUGUUUAAUGCAGAAAUAAUGUUGGUUUACCAAUUGCUGGAUUGUGUCACUUGGGUUCCUAUUAGCGGUGCAAACGCAAACUCAAAAAAGCCCUUGAAGGCAUGUAGUUCUCAGAGUCCCCAGAACUAAACUGGUCUGAAAGCACUUAUUGAGAACUGAAAGCAGGCACACAGUCAACAGUUAAAUCCCAUACAGCUCUUGUAAUAGAAAAGCAUGAACUUUUUAUAUAAAACCAAUUUUCAAAGAGCUUUCAGUCAAUCUUUUUCUCUUUCAUACAACGAGACAGUUACCGUCCUCUUCACUCAUAUUCCCCUGCACUAUGAAUGUAAGCACGCCUUGUACUGCCACAUGGAACUACAGCUGUCGGCAUUGAGGAUUACACCACUCAAAAGUCAACUGGGUCCUGAGCUAAACCUUUCUCAAGGCCUCAUGUAUGGAAGCCCAUUAACGCCAAGAAAAAGGAAAAGAAUGCAUGAAAUAUUAGGCAAGAUAAAAGUACAAAUUCUCUUGGUAAAAGUAAAUCUUGACAUACUAGGAUAAAACUAUGGUGAGAUAUGAAGGUAAAUCAAAACUCAAUUCUAAAUUAGUAUACUUUUGAAUUAGUGUCAAAAUGUUUCCUUAGUAUAUUAUCUAUCUGACCUAUUAGAAAAAUCCUACCUUUUUAAAAUUGUCAACGUCGCUUCUUAGGAAGUCAUGAGUUUCCAACGAUUUUUUUUUAUAUUAUAUUUUUUUUUGACUAAAUUUGACAUUUCAAAAACUUGUUGAAUUGGCUAUGAAAUUCUAAGUUUUAUUUAGAUCAUGCAUAAUAUUUUGUCUUUUUUCUGGAUUGUAAUGGGCUUCCACAUAACCAAAGUUACUACAGAUGAGGACUUUCUGUGAGUAUGCCAUAACAAAUAAAUAAAUAUAUGCAAAGUCAGGGUACAUUUUAAAUGUUGAAACUGAUUUUGAUCAAGUCCUGGAGCUACAGUUUUCCUUAUUUAUGCUAUUAGAUAAUGAAAGAAUGAAUACAAACAAGCAUUUCUCCUGCUUGAAGUUUCGUUAACAGUCUUUAAAUUUAAUGAAAUUUAAAUUUUCACAUUAAAUUUGGAUCGAAUUCCAGUCUCAUAUUAAGUGUUUCUAUUUUUUCCCCUCACUGAAUGCAUGCCCUCUGUCUGUCUGACCAGAUUGUACCAAAGUUCUGAGACUGAAGCGGCUGCCUCACUUCUAACAACCCAACACUAUUUCUUGUACAGUCCACAUCAAUUUUAAAUAUGAAUGUUUGCAGCACUUAUCUCCUAAAAUAAAAUUUACUCUCUCUAUGCAAGCUAUUAUUUCUUCUUUUCAUGUCACGUUGACUGUAAUUCAACAAA